UACACCGCUUAUUUGUUCGCAGCAUAUUCAGUGUUAUGAGGAAAUGGCUUCCCAUGAACACCAAGAAUACAGCACAUAUAGUGAGACAGGAAAUCAGCAGAGUGCUUUUUAUAGCAGAAUAAAGCUUAAUAAUGAUGAUGAAAUACGCUUGAGUGAUCAUCAAGCUCAGGAACUUGUUGGAAAGGCUGAAAUUCACUCGCAAAAUUUACAAAGUCAGCAGCUUUCAGAUCAGCAAAACUUGGCAUCACCUUCGCAAGUAUCCUCAACAACUUCUACCAAUCUUUCAAUGGUUGCACGAUCUGAUGACAUGAACUCCAGUGGGGAUGAUCUGGAUUUGUCUGGUGACACUUCUAAGCGACACUCUGAUAGGCAACAUAUCUGCAUGACCUGUUUCAAAGCUUUCCGAAAUAAACCUCAGUUGAGUCAACAUGAACUUGUGCAUAACAAUAUGCGUAAGCAUGUGUGCAGCUAUUGUGAUAAGUCCUUCAAACAGAUCUGUCAUCUGAAUCAGCAUAUGCGUGUUCAUACAGGGGAGCGCCCAUACAAAUGUGACGUGGAGGGUUGUGGGAGAUCAUUUGCCCAGUUAUCAAAUCUGAACCACCACAAGAAGAACCAUGAGGAACAUGUGAAGCGCGAUAUCGCCCGUCAGUUUAGAUGUGAGGUGUGCGACCGUAGUUACGCAACUAAACAGAGUCUCAAUACACAUAUACAGAAGCUCCAUACAAAUUUGAAAUCCCCUGAGGGCUCUAUCACCAGUCCGAUAGUUUCACCAUCACCUGUUAAAAAGCGCAAAAGUGUCUCAAAAGACCUGCAGGCUUCCGAAAUCCAGACUAACCUCCCAGAGAUUGAAGAUGCCUUCAUGUUGGAAUGCGAAAGCAUAAGUGACCAUGACCCAGACGAUGACCUUCCCACACAGGUCAAGGUCAAGCCACGGUUCAUGGCAACAAAGUCCAACUUGAUGGUGAGAAUCGGAACGCCUUCAGGGGAGAGGGAUCGAAACCAAGGACCCCGCACAACUCUGCCACUACCGUUCUCCCUCAACCAAGGAUCUCCCGUCUCUACGGGUCAAAAAGGUCAAGAUAGUUUUGUUCCAUCUAUGUCGGGUGUUCAAAUGUCUUUUUCGCAGCUUGCUUACUCACAGUCUAACGUCAUAAUGAGCCCAAGUGAGCAAAGGGCAUUGCGCAUGGCAUCGGAGGCUGAAAGAAAGGUAAUCCAGUCUAGGCUUCAUGGUAAGGAAUCAGACGGAGCGUACUUACAGUCGGAUCAGAGAUUGCUUGCAAGGCACGGAGAGGGCAUUGAUGAAAGAAUGCAAAAGUUUUCUGAUGAGGGUUUUCUGCAUUCCUCGGAACAUCCAACUCAUAAUCUUUAUGACAAACUGCAUAACCUUCAUGAGAGUAGGUCCAUAGAAAACUCACAGUUGCCUGUGUCAGCUCAUAUGGCCCCUAAUGAGGUCCCUUCACGGGUCACUCAUCACUAUCCUAAAAUGUCCAAUCAGGACCACGAACAAAGGGUUUCUGACUCGCCCCAUUCUUUCAGUCAUUCUUUCAGUACUAACGAUAGGCAGGGUGAAUAUCAGUUAAAUCAAUACUAACAUCCAUGUAUUUAUGCGAAAUGCUUUUGCAUGUAGCAUCAUAAUGUGCUUUUAGUCCUUUAAAAAGUGCUAUUUUCUUAUGAUUUACGUAUAUAUAUGUAUACCCUUUUUGUUGUGUUGUGAACUAUAUUUCAUUUUAUGAUAGCAGAUAUGCAGCAUUUCUGGAUAAAAAUAGCAAGCUUUUCUACCUGUCACUGAAUUGAUGUUGUUGUCUUCGUUAUAAUUAUAAACUUUUUUGGGAGGAAAGGUAAGAUAUUCUAACCCAUGAGAACAGUACAAAAAGGCCUGAUCAGCAUAAGGUUUUUACUUUCAUGUUUAUAGAUUCUAUCAUGGGAAACAUUGAAUUUAUAGAAUUUCAGUUUAAACAAAUUCAAUGAAACCUGUAUAUCUGAAGGCCACCCUUAUUAGUUAAUAUGUUGACUAAAUGCAUGUAGAUAUAUAGCCCUUAGUGCAUGGAGAGUAUAUAUCUAUAAAUAUAUAUGUUUUAUG